AUGGUGCGGGACGCUAAAGGCCGGAUCUCCGGGGAAGCUUUUGUCCGGUUCUGCUCCCCACAGGACGCCGCCGAGGCCCUGAAGAGGGACCGGGACCUGAUCGGGCACAGGUACAUCGAGGUUUUUCCCAGCCGGACGGAGGAGAUCCGGACCAGCACGAAGAGGAGGAGGGACCCCCCCCCCGGCCCCCCCCAAACGGACCGUACCACCAGACCCGGCCAGAGCCCCGUCGGGGCCCAGCACUACGUCCACAUGCGGGGGAUCCCCUUCCAGGCCAGCGGGGAGGACGUGGUCAAGUUCUUCUCCCCGCUGCCCGUGGCCCGGAUCCUGCUGGAGUGCGGUCCUGACGGGAGGCCCAGCGGGGGCGCCGACGUCUUCUUCAGUUGCCACGGCGACGCCACGGCCGCCAUGAGCAGAGACCGCGGGAAUAUCGGGGAGAGAUAUAUCGAGUUAUUCCUGAACUCUGUAGCAGACUGA